CUGUCUCUCUCCAGAACAAUCAACGCAGCAAAGCAGUUCCACGACUCCUACGUUAUCAAAGCCAUCGAAACCAUCAAUGCACGAACAGAGCAUAAGGAACGAGAAAAGCUUAUGCUAGAUCUGAACAAACAUCUGGAGGCUGAAUCCAACGGCCUAGAGAUUUCCGUCAUACAAUGGCUGACCAGAAUCGACUUCAGGAAAGAGGAAUUAUUACAACAAACUGCUCUGCUGACCACAUCUCAAGCCACCAACAGCCAGUCUGUCAGCAGUGGUGCCAGCAACUGUCAAGGAAAUAGAAUUCAGCACAUUUUGGUCUGUCUUCGAGUCGCUUAUUCACAACGACAGCGACUUGAGCGACCAGGAAAAAUUCCUAUUCUUGAAGCAGGCUCUCAAGGAAAAGCGGCUGCUUCAAUCAGCAGCAUCCCAGUUAUGGGCGAGAAGUACCCAGUAGCCGUCAAGAUAUUGAAGAAACACUAUGAUAGAUCUGCAAGCAUCGCAGACAUCUUGAUCAACGAAAUCGAACGACUCCCGCGAGCUCACGAAAACCCAAGUAGUUGCCGUGAAACUCUUGAAGCAAUCUCUUCUCGCAUAAUACAUUUGGAACAGACCGGACUACCAAUGAACGCUGAUCGAAUGUGGAGGCGUCUGAUUCUGUCUAAGUUCACAGAAUUCAUCUGCAGCACAGUAAUCAGGGAGGAAAAUGAAGCUGGAUACUCCUUCAAUGUGAACGAGAUUAUCGAAUCCAUCGAUGGAAUAAUUGCUCUGCAGGAAACAACCGAACUCACAACGAGGACGCUAUUCGGUUUUGAUGGAAGUCACUGCGAAGAUGACUACGACCACAGCGUUCAAGAAGCAUCCUUCAACAGCGGACCUCACUUGGGUAACAAUCAAACCAGCAUGCCUUUAUGGGGAACUCAUCCUCCACAACAUGCAGAAAUUCAGCUCACCAGAGGAGCGCCGAGCAGAAGCCAGGCGACAAAGGGUUUGCUGGAGGUGCUUUAG